AUGGCUAUCACUGAACUUAUCUUUCCUAAGAUCAAGAAUGAUCAGGCUUCAAUCGACGAGAUUGAGCGAGACUGGCCAGAAAUCAGCAGGAGAUUGACCCAUCCAAACCCGGGAGUACUGUGUGCCUAUCGAGGAUGGGUCCUCACUGAGAAUGGACGCAAUGUGGGAGAAGAGCACAGGGAGUUUCUACUUUUUGAAUGGAACCGAGUGGAAUCUUUCCACGCCUUCGUUGUCUCAGAGCAAUUUGUAAACUUCGCCGCUUCAAUUAGGCACCUCGUGAAUGGACCACCAACGCUACAAGUUUUUGAAACAAAUUUCGGCCCUGGAGAUGCGGCAUCAGCAUCCAGCGUUGAAAUCUACCGCGUAAGCGUUCCAAAUGCUGAGAAUGCCGAAGCUGCCCUGAAGACCUGGGAGGAAAUAUCUCGGAAGGCUCAAGAGACAUAUGGAGACAAAGUUGCCAUCACUUAUGGCAAGAGUCAGAAUCUAGAGGAGGAGGUCAUUGCAGGUAUCAUUGGCUGGUCGAGACCCGAGGAUUGUGUCCCAGCUACUGGAGGGGCGGUACUCGCAGAUUCGUUCGAAUCGCUGAAGACCCUGGGAGGGCUAUCGCAUAUCACUGUAGGGAUUGAUACUAUGGAGCUUCCAACUCUGUAG